CUCGGUGGCGGGACCCUCCUGGGAGUUGGCAUCUGGGUCACAGUGGAUGGACAGUCAUUCCUGAAUAUAUUUGGGACGAUCUCCUCUAGCAUCCUGCAGGUUGUGAAUGUGAGCUACUUCCUCAUCGUCAUUGGUUCCAUCCUGCUAGUGAUCGGCUUCCUCGGGUGUUACGGUGCCCAGAAGGAGAGCAAGUGUCUCCUGAUGAUGUUCUUCUCGGUGGUGCUGAUCAUCUUCAUUGCCGAAAUUGCUGCUGCUGUGGUGGCUCUGGUCUACACAGGCUUUGCAGAGACGCUGCUGACGGCCGUGGUGACCCCUCUCCUGAAGGAGAAGUAUGGGGUGGAUAAGAGUCUCACGCACAUCUGGAAUGUCACCAUGAGGGAGGUCCAUUGCUGUGGCCUGAAUAACUACACAGACUUUACAGACUCAUACUGGCUUGAGCAACACAAAACCUACCCGGAGCCCUGCUGUAAAGACCUGGAGCCUUGCAACGGCACGGUUGCCGCACAAAGCGAUGUCCCGGGUUGUUUCAGUCAGAUCUUGGAAGAAAUCAAGACUAAUGCGGGUGUGGUGGGUGGUGUGGCAGCUGGCAUCGCUGCCUUGGAGAUUGCGGCCAUGACGGUUUCCAUGUACUUGUAUUGCCACCUGGAUCAGAAAUGA